AUAGGAGCCAAAAGUGCAGCAAAACGAAGAAAUUAUAAAUUUGAUUUUGAAAAGUUUAUUUUGCUACUUUGAAUUUUGGUCAUAUCGUGGGCAAUUUAUGGAUGUUAGACGGUCUCUAAGAGUAUCUCGCAGACAACAGAAGGCACUGGGGCUGAAUUGGAGCCACCGAGCGGCGUUGAUUUCGUUGUGAAGAGGCGUUUCGCGAAAAACGACUGGUGGACUGACAGAUUUCCAGUUGGAAUCGCGGCGAGUGUGUUAGCUCUACUUGAGUUUGUUGUUGCUACUGUUGUUGGAAGGCAAAUAUCGAACGCAAAAACAGGCACUGUUGACCCACCAAUGGUGGGCGCGUGAACGAAUUUUAUGAACAACCGAUGUAUAUUUUCUGCCUAGAAUUGUAUAGUGUGGUUAGCCGUACGUAAAAUGGAAGUCGAUGAAGACUAUUCGAUUGAGGAUCAGUCAGGGUUCGAAGAAAUAGACAUGGAUGGUUUAGAAGAGGAAACCAUUAUUGGAUCAGAUGAUUUGGUAGAAUAUUCCGCUGGCGAGGAAGAACCAGAUGAAGAGAUCGUUUACGUGAACAAUGAGGUAUCUGUUGGCAACAAUAUCCAGAACGCGUUGAAUAGCAACAUAACGGUAAAGCGGUUGAUCAAUGCGAGUAAGCCGGUAGUAACGACACUACAGAAAAUCGCACCGAAACCAACGCAACUCAUCCGCGCUGCUAACACUACCGGGAAAGUAGUAAUAAUGCAGAAACAACCAACCACUUCUUCGGUACCAGUAAAGGUGCUGAACAAUAGCAAACCUUUAUCGGUACCCGUUAGUAGCACGUCGUACCACUUGAUUAAAAGUGAAGGAGGAGGCGUCGUGAUGCGACCGAAGACUGGAACCCCAACAAUGGUCCGACGAGUUGUCCCAAUCUCGGAGUCAUCUACCGCCCUGACCAAAUCCAAGAUAAUCCCCAGCGCUUCCACUCACGUUGUGAUCCAGACUAAAGCUCAAGGAUCAACUGGAACAACCACCAAAACGGUCACAGUAGCCGAGGCCCAUCAGAUGGGCCUUUUGAACAAUAAAGUGAAACAAAUGGUUACAAUGGCCAAACCCAAACCUUCAGGAUCUCAAAUCGCAAGCAAAUCACCGGUAAAAAUAUUGUCCAAUUCUUCUGGGGGUCCAAAUUCCAAUGCAAGCGUGGUUCGACUGAGGCAACCUCAACCUAGCAUCCAAGAACCGCCACAAAAAGUUAUCAUCAAAGCAAACUCAGUUACCGCAGCGCCGAAAGCCUCCGUCCAAAGUCGUAAAGUUCUUCUACCGCAAAGUGCAAUCCAGGCGGGGCAACAAUCUGGUCAAAUCCAAGCGAUCAAUAUUCCCGGGAAAGGGAUACAGUAUGUGCGAUUUUUAAAUCACAGUUCUGGUAGCUCGUCCGGCACCUCCGGUCCCUCUGUCGGAUCCGGUCAAAAAGUCCUUCAAGUGCAGAUGAACAAAACUGGUUCCGGGUCGAAAAUCAUAGUGCAAAAUGAUAAAACCUACGUUGUUAGUAAUGGUAACGUGACAGCUGUAAGAGCCGGCUCAAAUUCGAGCCAACUAGUUCGAACGGUUACUCCCGGUGCUCACACGCUGGUUCGGAAAACCAUACAUCCCGGAAGUAAUCAAACGGGCAUCAUCCGGAAAGAGGGAGAACCCACACGCUACUAUGCGGUGAUGCGGAAGGAGGACAGCAAACCUUCGGACACCAUCACCGCGCUGACGGGUUCCCAGAUCAACCAACUCAAGUCGGGCCCAUCGGGGAAAACCAAAAUCCUAAUGGUCCCAUCGGAGCACAACCAGGCUAAGGCUAAGGUGGGAACCGUUUCGCUCGCCGCGACAUUAUCAUCCACCGCGUGCAAAGCUCCGGCUAUUAUUUCGGUGAAGCGCGAGUCGAUAAGUGGAUCGGAUGACGAAGCGCGGAAGGGGCCCGCGAUUGGUACAAUCUUCCCCGACGAGGCUUACAAAAAGCGGCCGUGCAAUUGUACGAAAUCGCAGUGCUUGAAGCUGUACUGUGAUUGCUUUGCGAACGGAGAGUUUUGCUACAAUUGUAACUGUCGGGAUUGUUAUAACAAUUUGGAGAACGAGGAGGAGCGGCAGAAGGCGAUCCGGGCCACGCUGGAGAGAAAUCCCAGUGCGUUCAAACCAAAAAUCGGUGCGGUCAGUGCCGCGGAGGAUGCCCUGCGGCAGCACACCAAAGGCUGCAACUGCAAACGGUCCGGUUGUCUCAAAAACUACUGCGAGUGUUACGAAGCGAAGAUACCUUGCUCCGGCAACUGCAAGUGCAUAGGUUGUCGCAACACCGAACAGUACGCGAAGGAGUACGAGUACGCGUCGGGUGGUGCUGUUGGGGGCGAGGUCGUCGCAGCGGGAAUUGAUACCGACGUAAAGUCAGUGUUUGGGGAUCUGGAAAAACGUCUGCAAUCAGGUGACGAAAAAAUGGCCGAAGGUGUUGCGGUGUGUGCUGGUGCGGGUACUACUAGCACAAGUUUAGCUGCACCGGUGGCCGGCAAUGCUCCCGGUCCUAGUGGGACCUCGACUGCAACAGCAGGGAUGAAGAGAUCGCUCUCAGCGGAGCCGGAUCUCACGCAACUGCCACCUUCGAAACAACCGUACAACUUUAUGACACCGGAUGUGAUUGAGGCAACAGUGCAAUGCAUGAUUGCGCAGGCGGACGAGUGUCAGAAACGUGGCUGCAAUAUACGCACAGCGGAGCGCAUGAUUCUCGAAGAAUUUGGUCGUUGUCUAGUAGAAAUUAUUGAUUUCUCGACGAAAUCGGACAGCUAAGGUAGCUCCUAGCCCUUUAUGUUGUUAUAGGGUACAAUUUUCUGUACCAUUCAGUAAUCAUUGUAUGUUCGAUUGAACGGAACGAAAAUACGUUACAUAUCUAGCGUAUUUAACUAUAAUAGAUCGGACGCUUCUCGCUCAGAAAUUUGUAAUAUUUAGUUUUGUGCCAUCCCGGCGGCACGGAAAACUUGUUUGUGCAUUAGCCAUACAUAUGUAAUCAGAUGAUGGAGUUUAUUCAAAAUAAUAUUUAUUAUAUAUUGGUAACUUUUACAUAUAAACCUUCUUUUCUUUUCGAUAUUUUUGUUUUGUUUUCACCAACAAUGAUUUUUUCGAUAGCUAGUCUUAUUUUACAAUGGCAUGGCUGUACUUUACGUUUUGGAUAAAACUAUAAAUAAGGAUGCUUCGUGAAUUACCAAAAAUGAAUUCGAUGACAAGCUUCCAACGACUGAAUUUAUGAGAAGUAUCAGGUUUAUUAGCGAACACAAAUUGGUCAGCGGGAAAGGGUUUUUUUUUCCGUGAAAGACUAAACUUAGAUUGAAGAUUGAGUGAUGUAUAUUGUACAAAACAGAGUUGAAGUUUAAAAUGACCGGUAGUGUAAUAUAAAGAAAUAGGAAAAUGUAACUUGACGCCAGAAUAAUUAUAAUAAAAAUUCAAACCGUAAUUCAAUUUUUUCGGCAUAGUUCAUUUUUGAUCCGAACACCGAAUACUGUACAGAGUUGAAGUUUCAAAUAAUCGGUAGUGUAAUAUAAAAAACUAGGGAAAUGUAACUUGACGCCAGAAUAAUUAUAAUAAAAAUUCAAACCGUAA